AUGGUCGCUGAGAAGCUCGACGGCCUCUGCUGGCCCCUGCGUGGCGUUGACCCCAUGACACUCGAGCUCGACGCGUUCUGCACCAAGGCACUCGCAUCUCCGCUCUCCUUCCCUCUGGGCCCCGGCAAGACCAGCGGCUGCUUCAGCCCCUCCCAGCGGGGUACUGCCUCGCCACCACCGAACACCAUCGACCCCGGCAACGUUGAUGUGCACCCCUCUGCCAGCCGCUCAAUCUUCGCGGUGCCCAAUGCCAUGGACUCGACGAUGGGCGCGACACGUGACGCGCCCACAACGGCCACCGAGGAUGCCGGCGACGUGCUCUCUACCCUGUUCUGCGUCGGUGCUGGGUGCUACUCCACCGCCACGCCCUCGCACCGCCAAGGCUCCAUCGACUACCCCGCGAUGCAGCGCUCGACAAGCCAGCAUGCACUCCUCCACCUCGGUGGCGCAGCGUGCCACGUUCAUGUCUCGUCGUCGAAUCUUCAAAGUUUGCUUCGUUUACCUAUGAUUGAUGGUCUCUGCCCCAUCUUGUGCUGGAACGUGCGCGGCUUGAACACCCCUGCCCGUCAUGAGGCCGUUUGCGAGUUGGCUUCGGCGGCCAGGGCAGGAAUUCUUUGUCUGCAGGAGACGAAGCUCCACCACAUUGACGUUGCGCUGGCCUGCGACAUUGCCGGCCCUCUACGGUCAGCCUACGCCUUUCUUCCGGCAGAUGGCACCCGCGCCGGCAUCGCCAUCUUCUGGAAUCCCGACACCGUCGACGUCAACAACUUCUCCUACCAACGUUUCUCGAUUUCGGUCACCGUCUCCAUUCGCGCUUCUGGCCUCGCCUUCACCCUCUCCUCGGUCUACGGUCCGGCAGACAACGCCCUUAAGCCCGACUUUCUGCAAGAGAUGAAGGAGCUCACUCCCACGAUCGGGGAGCCCUGGCUCAUCGUCGGAGAUUUCAAUCUCAUUUACGAAGCCCACGACAAGAACAACACCAACCUCUGCCGACGCCUCAUGGGGCAGUUCCGACCCGCGAUCGACCACGCUGAGCUUUUUGAGCUCCGCUGCUCCAAUAGAAAGUUCUCCUGGAGCAAUGAAAGAGAGAAUCCUACCCUCCUCAAGCUCGACAGAAUAUUCUGCAACACCGCCCGGGAUGCGCUCUUCUCCCCCUGCGCCGUGCAGGCUCUGUCUACCGCUCACUCGGACCACUGCCCUCUCCUCCUCGCUCCUUUCUCGCUGCCGCCGCGUAAAGCUCGCUUUCGUUUUGAGAACUUCUGGCCCAGGCAUCAGGGUUUCCUCGAGGCCGUGUCAACUGCUUGGAACGUGCCGGCCCUGUCCCGCAACCCCCUUGUCCGUCUUCGCAUCAAGCUUGGCCAGACUGCACGCAGCCUGCGCGCUUGGAGCAAGGGCCUCUUCGGCGACGCCCGACAGCAGCUCCACCUCGCCGUCGAGAUCGUUCUUCGCCUCGAUGAAGCUCAGGAUCAUCGGCCUCUCUCCCCCUUGGAGUUCCACGUCCGCAAGGCCCUCAAGAUCCGCGUCCUCGGCCUUGCGGCGGUGGAACGUGCUCGCCGGCGACAAGCUUCCCGGCACGUCUGGCUCAAAGAAGGAGAUGCCAACACCCGUUUUUUUAACGUCAUGAUCGGCACUCCUUCCGGCAUCCACGUCUCCCACGAGGACAAAGCGUCCGCUCUCUUUCAGCACUUCGACGAGUCUCGCGGUAGGACAGCUCCCCGCACGCGUACGCUUGCCUGGCAAGAACUCCAUCUCCCUCGUCUUCCCCUCGCCAGCAUCGACAACCCGUUCUCGCUGUGCGAGAUUUGGGAGGCCGUCAAAGCCUCGCCAACGGAAAAAGCGCUGGGCCCGGACGGCUUCAUCGGCACUUUCUAUCGGCGCUGCUGGUCUGUGAUCAAAUUCGAUGUCCUCGCGGCCUUUCACCACCUCCACCGUCUAGCCGGUGACAACCUCGACGCUCUAAACACGGCCCUCAUCUGCCUCAUCUGUCACCAAAGCCCGAUUAGCCUCAUCCACUCCUUCGCCAAGCUGUUCGCCAAAGUGCUCGCCCGCCGUCUGACUCCCCUCAUCGGCGAUCUCAUAUCACAUGCGCAGAGUGCCUUCCUCAAGACCAGGUGCAUCCACGACAAUUUUCUCUUCGUCCGCAACACCGCCCGCGCCCUUCACCGCGCUAAGAAGCCCACGCUCCUCGUCAAGCUCGACUUCGCAAAAGCUUUCGACUCCGUCUCCUGGGAAUAUUUGUUGGAGCUUAUGCUCCACUUAGGUUUUCCGUCGCGAUGGCGUGACUGGAUUGUGAUGCUCUUCUUUUCGGCGUCCUCCUCCGUCAUCCUCAACGGCACCACUGGCAAUCUUUUCUACCACCGUCGAGGCCUUCGACAGGGCGACCCCCUAUCACCGCCUCUUUUCAUUCUCGCCAUUGACCCCUUGCAGCGCAUCCUGCUCCGCGCCACCGAGUUGGGCGCCCUCUCCCCGCUCCCCCUGCAGUGUGUCUCUCUUCGAGCAAGCCUCUACGCCGACGACGCAAUCGUCUUCAUCAACCCCUCGCGCCCCGAUCUUCAAACGCUUCUCUCCAUUCUGGACACAUUCGGCACAGCGACCGGCCUCGGCAUCAACAUGGCCAAGUGCUCUGUUGCUCCGAUUCGCUGCACCAACAUCGACCUCGACGACGUCCUUCAGCCCUUCCUCGGCGAGCGCGUCGACUUCCCUUUCCGCUACCUCGGCCUCCCCCUCUCCCUCGGCCGGCUGCGACUGGCCCAUCUGCAGCCCAUCCUCGACAGGGCUCGCACCAAGCUGGCCGGUUGGCACGGCAAGUGGAUCAACGCCGGCGGCAGACGGGCGUUGGUGUCGUCGGUCCUCAGCUCUCUUCCUAUAUACACCAUGACCGCCCUCCGGCUGCCAAGAUGCUUCAUCUCCGCUCUGGACAAGGCGCGCCGCAGGUUCAUCUGGGGAAUUGAAGAGGAGGAAGCCGCCAGGGGCAAAUGCAAGGUCAGCUGGGACAAGGUUUGGUGUGGAUUGGCCGCCUGGCAAAACUGCAAUGGCAUCGCGGGUGCCCUCAGGGCCGAUCACCGGGCACUCACCGACUUCCUCGAUUGCAUUCUCGAUCUAUCCGCCGACGGCCACAAGAAAGGAGUCAACUCGCUCAUCAUCCUCACCUGUUGGACCAUUUGGCAGGAACGGAAUACUGAAAUCUCUGGCAGGCAGCUUCUCGUGUUCAUCAAAGACGCGGCCCAAGACUGGGCCUUUGCCGGCGCCAAAGCCCUGAGGAAACUUCUUUGGGAGUCUCCUUGA